UCGGUUCUUCUUGGGACUUUUCGACACACCUGACCGUACGAAGUCUCGGUUACAGAACGUAACGUCACUGUUAUUAAUCUUUACAUUAUUGGACUCGGAGAUAAUAGCAAGUUUAGUUUGCACAGUGGUUGUCGUAGUCGCGUUAGGUUCGACUCAGAAAACGCAUUGAUGAGAUGUAUUCCUUACACCGAAUAUUUUAACUAAGCGAUUUGUUACUGGGAUCAACAGCAGCAUGAGAAGCUUUAUUCACAGCAUUGUUUUAUUGCACGUCUGCGGUGUGUUUGGAACUGUGACAGAUGAGAAGUCAGUGGAAGUGUAUGAAGGAGAAUCGGUCACUCUACACAAUGAUGAAACUGAACUACAGAACACUGACACGAUAAGGUGGAGGUUUGGAGAAGAAGGCUCUGCCAAACUUUUGGUUGAGAUGACUGGCAUCAGGAUCACAAAAAAAGAUUUGGAUGAUGGGAGAUUUAGAGACAGACUGGAGUUAUUAGACAGUAAGACUGGAUCUCUCAUUAUCAAGAACAUCAGACACAAACACUUUGGACGAUAUGAAGCAGAAAUCAACCACCGCACUGGGACAGCAUACUUGAGAUUCAGAGUUACUGUCAAAGAUACUCCAAUUGUUUUCAGAGCUGAACAAAGUAACAUCAAGUCGGAGUCAUUGACUGAGGGAGGUUCAGUGACUCUACACACUGAUGUUCAAACACAGAGAGGUGAUAUGAUAGUGUGGAGGUUUGGAGAAGAUGGUGUUCUUCUAGCUAAAGGUGACAAAGAAGACAAUAAGAGCUCAGUAUAUGAUGAUGUUCUUGAUGGGAUGUUCAGAGACAGACUGAAGCUGGAUGAUCACACUGGAUCUCUCAUCAUCAUAAACACCAAAACCACAGACACUGGAGUUUAUAAACUACAGAUCAUCAACAACAGAGACACAAAAUACAAGACAUUCAGUGUUUCUGUCAGUGAACCAGGUCUAUCUGCAAGACAGGUGACAGGAAUAAUCUGUGGGUUCCUGCUGGUUUUUGCUGUUGUUGGUGUGAUUGUGUAUCGCUGCAUUAAAUAUGAACAACAGAAACAAAAGAUUACAGUGAUGACGGUGCCUGAGGGACAUUCUGUCACUCUAGAGUCUGAUGUCACUAAACCUCAGUCUGAUGAUGUCAUUGAGUUGAGCUACAGAGAUAAAGUGAUAGCCACAUUAAAUAAGAACAAGAUCUCUAGUCAUGAAGAGAGAUUCAGAGACAGACUGAAGAUGGAUGAUCAGACUGGAUCUUUCACCAUCACAUACAUCAGAACAGAAGACGCUGGACUGUAUAAAGUAAAGAUCAGCAGCAGCAGUCGAGUGAAAUCAUUCCUGCAGUUCAUCACCUGUCGAGGACCAUUAUACCGUCAAUUCAAUGUUAUUGUCACAGAGAGGAUCAGAUCAGUAGAGUUUGGACAUUCUGUCAUUCUAUCCACUCAUGUUACUGGAAUACAGAGAGGUGAUAAGAUUCAGUGGACAUUUGAAGAUGACAAAACUCUCAUAGCUGAAAUGACUGUAGGGACUGAACCCUCAUAUGACUCGACUGAUGAGAGAUUCAGAAACAGACUGAAGAUGAACCAAGAGACUGGAGAUCUCACCAUCACACACAUCACAGCUAAACGCACUGGAGUUUAUAAAGCUCAGAUCAUCAGCAGAAAAAUUGGAACAGAAUAAAGAUACAGGGUUGUCAUACCUGUGAUCGCUGACGGAGGAGAAUCUGUCACUCUACACACUGAGAGUAAAAUACAGAGAGGCAGUGAGAUCAAGUGGACCUCUGAAGAUAAAACCAUUCUGGUAACUGGAAAGAGUGGAGAUGACAAAGAGACCAAAUUU